GGCGUCCGUGUGAACGCAAAUGGGUAGUUAAAGGAAACUCGAGCACUUCGGGCUGGUUUGGGUGUUUUAUUCGUGCACAGUUUAGCUCUUAAAACAUGAAGUCGGACGUGGAGGAGUUAAUGCCGAGGCUGCUGCCGCUGGACUGCGGAGCUGCUGCUUGUGAAGACCUGAACUUCGGUGGGACGCCGAGAAACCCCCAAGAGUACCUCCGACAGGUCCAGUUGGAGGCAUCAAUGUGUCCAGAGGUGGUGGUCGCUCAAAUAGAUCCAAAGAAACUGAAGAAGAAACAAACAGUUAAUGCAUCUGUGUCAGGAUGCCAUGCUGCUCCUCUGGGUUUCUCCCCCAGCCUCAGGUGGCAACAGCAGCAAGUCAGUAGCUUUUCUGAUGUCAGACAGAGCAUCACCAAGAACAGGAAACACUGGAGUAGCCAGACUCUGGAUGAUAACGUACAGAUGCCAAAGUUAACAGAUGAGGAAGGCUGGAAGAGGUUUUGUUUAGGGGAGAAGAUUUACCAGGGCGCCUCAUCUGACCUUGCAGACCAAGACGCAGAUCAAGAGCCAGCAUUGGACUACAGCAAGAUUGGCUUCCCUCCCUUCCUCAGCAUAGUAAGCAGACUAAAUCAGUCCACAGUUCUCAUGUUGUUGGAGAUUCUUAUAAGCUGGUUUGAAGAGCGAGAAUUUGUUCCGCAGUUGGGUUGUUGGUUGUAUGCUUUGUUGGCCUGUUUGGAGAAACCUUUGCUUCCUGAAGCCCACUCCUCCAUCCGACAGCUGGCCAGGAGAUGUGCACAGCUCCGCAGCACACUGGACAGUCAGGAGGAUGAAAAGCUGCCCGCCCUCAACCUACUCAUCUGCCUGGUGGCCAGGUGAAAAGAUUACAUCAUCCAUGCAGCUAUAUGCAGUACUUUGAACAGACUGAUCUGGCAGACCAGGAUUAAUGAACAGGAAGCUGAACUGCUCAGUGGCUGAUAAACACCGAUGUUAAUAUUAAUGUUGCAGAACAGAGCGAACCCAAACAGACUCAACCAKGAGCAAGACUUCUGCAAAAGUAAAUAGUUUUUUUUUUGAGUAAGAGCCUACGAUACAGCCGGAGAACGUUAAAGCAGUGAAAUAAUUGUAACUUUUUAAAGUGUUUUUUGUAUGAAUAUAAUUUUGAAUUAAAAUUGGGAUUUCUACAGUAA